AUGGUCCAAGAAACAGAUAUCUCCAUCAAUAAGAAGGAUGAAAAUGUGAGAAAGAGGAACAGAAUUAUUAUAUCAUGCACCAGUUGCCGGAGAAAGAAAAUCAAGUGCGAUCGGGCGAAGCCCAUCUGCUCAUCUUGCAAAGUCAGAAAGUAUCCAUUGGACCAAUGUAUCUACAACGACACCGUAGAAAAGGCUGCUGCUGCCGCGGCUGCUGUGUUAGACAACGUUGAUAGUAAGGGGAAAAUAAUUUAUCCAAGAGCCGAGCGGCGCAAGAACUUGAAAUUAAGACAAAUGACUCCCAGUGAUGACUCGAAACGAUACAAGCCUAAUCACGACCAUAACGAAUGUAUGGAACCACGAUCAGCCCCUGAGAAAUCGGAUUCAAAGAACCAGGAUUUGAGGAAUGAGUUAUCAAAAAUUAAUCAGAGAAAGAUUUUGUUGAAUGAUUUUGCAAAUAGUUUGACUUCGAAUAAUAAUGAUAGUGUGGAGUAUCUCAACCUCAAGAUCGAAUUAUUGGAGAAGGAGAAUGCAAUUCUCAAGUCAUUAGAUAUCGAAAUAGAUCAAAAUCACCAUCCCGAAGGUUCUGUAUUAUUGUGUGAUCAGAGUCGAGUGACUGAUCAUGAUAUCAAAAGAGACAAUUUACUAUUUCUCAAUAUUAAUGUUUCCGACAUCAACACCAUGAGAUUCAAGCCAAAUAGAACCAUAUAUUUUGGCCCCACCUGCUUCAGAUCUGCUAUAACAUUUAAUAAAAGCUUUUCUGAGAUUUACCAAUUAAUCUCCAAGUUGACCACAAAAGAUCGAAAGCGUUUCAAAUCGACAAGAAGAAAUUUGGAAUAUGCAGCUUAUUUCCCGUUCAACAUUGAUAGAUGCUAUGAUAUAAUAGAAAAUAAUGCAAAUGGCCAAAUGAAACCGUUGAAAAUGAGCAGUCUGUCUUCAGGUAUUAAUAAUGAUAAUGAAUUUUUUGCCGAUUUGCUAAACUUUCUUCCAAACUAUGAGAGAAUGUUUCAACAUGUCAACAUCUUCUUUGAUAAGCUUUUAGACUGGUUGUAUCCGUUUGUCACCAGAUCAUACAUCAAUGAAAUUUUCAAUGACAUUUUCAAACUUAAAACUGAAAAAGAAAAAAUGGAUACCAACGACCUAAACAAAAACGAUUUCAAAAUUGUUAUCACUCAUAGACACGGGGACUUGUCAAAACUUGCUUUGAUUAUUGCCUUAUUGAAAGUUUCUUUACUAUACACCGACUCCCCAUUCGAUUCCAUUAACCCAAAAUUACUGAAUCACGAAGCCACCAAAUAUGAAAGUGUUUUGGUAUACUAUUCUACAAAGCUUCUAUCAUUAUUGCAAAUGAUGAAACGACCAUUGAUCACAUCUAUCCAAGCAUUAUUGUUUUUAAAAGUUGAUAAGAUGUUUCAUUUGAAUGAAGGUGAAGGUGGCGAUAGUUCCGAUGGACACUUGUGGCAUACGUUAAUUUUGAAUAUGGUGAUGAUGUGUGGCUUGCAUCGUGAUAUCGAAAAAAAUUAUGGUGCUGAGACACCAGAAUAUCGUAAAAUGUUGAAGAAUAUAUGGCGCUAUGUGACUUUUAUUGAUUUGAGACAAUCUUUUGAUUUAGGGUAUCCUUUGCUGGUGGAUGAUUUGAGAUUUUCCGAGACUUCGUCAAGGGUUAUGUUUGAUCACUAUAGUGAAGAUAUUAGUGAAUUCGAGAUCAAUAGGCAGUUUGCUGUAUUGAAUAAAAAGGCUAGUAAUGAUGGUGAUUUCGAUGAUACCAUGUUUGAUUAUUUCACCCCAAUUGUCAGAAAUUUGUGUUACCAAAUCAAUAGUUUACAGUGCAAAAAUUUGACGAUAUUUAAAUUGGAGCUUUAUAUCCAAAAUUUGAUCAAAUUUUAUAAUAACAGAGAUUUCUUCCAGCCUGUAUUCGAGAGUCUAUCAAAUCCAAUUGUUCAAGAUAACCAGUUACCUAAAAAUGGCCACAAGUUUAUGAAAUUCAUCAAGAAAAUCAAACUACAGAUUGAAAUUAUCGAUAUCAUUUUCACAUUGUAUAAUUUGAUCUUCAUGAUUCUUAGAAAAAUGGAUAAUGUUAAAGAUAGGGAUCUUGCCAAAUAUACCAAUUUCUACGCCAACCAAGCUACCAAUUUUGUGGUUUUGAUUAUCAGAAGUACUAAGAAGUUUCUAGAAAUCAAAGCUAUGGAUAGGAUUGUGAAAAUAUAUUUAUUUGAGAUAAUUCUGAAGGUCAUUACCAGAACCUCAAAUUUCAUAUUUUCUAGCGUGUUGUUUUCUUAUAAUGAUCUGAAGGGUAAUAAUGACCUGGUUGAGGGGGAUUCAAAUGAUUUCUCUAAUAAUUUCAAGAAUUUUUUCAAUGGUACCGACAAGAAUAUGAAAAACAUUAGAGCAAAUGGUAAUGAACUAAUCAAUGAGAUUCCAUGUUCCUCGUUUUCUGAUAAAGAUUUCAAUGAGAUUUGUAUUAGUGGUAACCAAUAUCCAUUGGUGCAUGAUGCCGAUGGUAACCUUUCAAAACAGUAUAAAUAUUUUGAAGAUUUCGUCAAGAAUGACUACACCUACUACAAUUUUUAUAAUAAUAAGUUGGAAUUGGCAAACUUGGUGUUCAAAUUUUUCUUCCAAAAUGUUCAAAACAAGUUGAAAGACUAUUACGUGUUUUAUGUGCCAUACAAAAUCUCGUUGUAUUUUUAUUCAUAUUUUAAAGCAAGAAACUUGGUAAAGAAUUUCAAAGAAGCCAAUACUUCAAACAAUACAAACAACCGCAAACACAACAACAACAAUAAUGCUCGUGAACCUGUGGGUGAAACAGGGAAGACAAAGACAGCAUUGGAAGACACCAGUGGCUUAUUUAGACCACCGGCUUUUAGCCAAAGACCUUCACCAUCACCAAAUGGUAUCCCAAACCAACCGCUAGUAGAUCAGCAGCAAUUCAACCCCCCAGGAUAUCUAUCAUGGCAAAUGAUGUCACUGCCAAAGGUAACCAAUGGGACUGGUGCCAAUGAUUCUUCUUCUGUUAAUGAAAGAUUCCAUAAUCCGACUCAUCAGAAAUUCGGAAACUCAGCACAGUGCGCUAGCAGUAAUCAUGAGGUUGUGCCACCGAACCCUUCCGAAUUCGAGAGGAUUCCUGUCAAGAGUGUUGCGCAAUCUCCAGGUCAACUCAACGGUGAGAGUAACGACACGCAAUUCAAUAAUGAUUCAACAACGUCGUACCCGCGAUUAAAUGUCUCCUCGAGUUUCGGGGCCGAUUAUUACAAUGUUGGAUAUGUUGAAAACACCACCGCCACCGCCGCCAAUAAUGCUAACCAGACGAUGAUGCAACAACAACAGCCACUAAUGUCGCAUGAAGCGUUAUUCAAUCCAGUGUUGGAUAAUGAAAAAUACAAUCCUUUGGAAUUGCUCAUAGAAGAUUUCUACAUUGAUGUUAAUGAUUUGUUCAACCAAAUUAACUCUCAAUCUGUAUGA